AUGAGUAAUAUUGUACGUCAAAGUAAGUUCCGACAUGUUUUCUGCAAACCGGUUAAGCAUGAACAAUGCAUGUCCGGUGUACGAAUUACUGAAAUAACAUGGGAUUCCCUAUUCUGUGCUGUCAAUCAAAAAUUCAUCGCUAUUAUUAAUAAAGGAUCCGGUGGACCUUUCUUGGUUAUACCUAUCAUAAAGUAUUAUUGUCCUACUUAUAAUUUAAUAUAA